ACAGUUGGUAGUCCUGUUGUGACUUUUAAUUUUAUUGUCAUUGUGAGCUGCAUUUAUUGUUUUAUAGUUAUUUAAGUGAAACUUGUUUGAUAUUUGUAUAUACUCCAUUCGAUAAAAUUUAUAGUGUUUUAUAUUUAAACAAUAUGCCGCAAUACAAGGUUAAAGUGAAAUGGGGCAAGGAAACUUUUCCCGAUAUCGAAGUGAACACAGAUGAACCCCCAAUGCUGUUUAAAGCUCAAUUGUUUGCACUUACUGGUGUCCAACCGGACAGGCAAAAAGUUAUGGUGAAAGGAGUUAUUCUCAAAGAUAAUGACUGGGAUAAUUUUAAGAUUAAAGAGGGCAUAACUAUUCUUCUCAUGGGAAGUAAGGAGGAAGUCCCUACCAAACCAGAAGAAAAAAUCAUGUUUGUUGAGGAUAUGAAUGAAAAUGAACUUGCUACAGCUCUUGAACUGCCAGCUGGCUUGACCAAUUUAGGUAACACUUGCUACAUGAAUGCGACUGUACAGUGUCUGAGAACAGUUCCUGAGCUGCGCGAAGCUUUAAAAAAAUAUCAAGGAGAGGUAACGGGAGCAUCAGGCAUCAUUCCAGCACAAUCAAUUACUGCCGCUCUCAGGGAUCUCUACACGAACAUGGACAAGGGCAACACCAUUCCUCCAAUUGUGCUGCUUCAGGUGCUACACAUGGCCUUCCCCAUUUUUGCCGAAAAGAACGAACAAGGUUCGUUCGCCCAACAGGACGCAAACGAAUUCUGGACAGAAUUAGUGAGAAUGUUGCAGCAGAAACUUCCUGCCAACUCCAGUGGGGGUGGAUGCGGCAGCGACCAAUUCAAAUCUAUUAUUGACCAAUACUUCGGUGGCACCUUCGACGUAGACUACAAAUGCGUGGAGGCCGAAGACGAGCCGGUCACUAACAGCAAGGAGCAGUUCCUGCAACUGAGCUGCUUCAUAUCUCAAGACGUCCGGUACAUGCACUCCGGACUGAGAUCUAAAAUGCAGGAACAGAUCACUAAAAUGUCGCCAACUUUGGACCGUGACGCUGUAUACACGAAAACUUCGAAAAUCAGCAGACUACCGGCGUACCUGACGGUGCAGUUCGUGAGGUUCUACUUCAAGGAAAAGGAAGCCAUCAACGCCAAAAUAUUGAAGGACGUCAAAUUUCCUAUGGAAUUCGACGCGUUCGAUUUGUGUACCGCCGAACUUCAAGAGAAACUCACGCCGAUGAGGGCCAAAUUUAAGGAAGUGGAGGACGCACAAGUAGAACAGGCGGGAAAAGAAAAGGAUAGGAGUAAAACAAGCAAGAGCAUAGGUGAUGGAACGGCGCAAAAGGAAAAGAACUACGCACCAUAUUGGUUUGAAGAUGAUCUAGGUAGCAACAACAGUGGCUACUACACUCUUCAAGCUGUUCUGACACACAGAGGACGUUCUUCUUCGAGUGGGCACUACGUCGGCUGGAUCCGACAAGACAACGACCAUUGGGUGAAAUGUGACGAUGACGUUGUAUCUCCGGUGUCCACUGAAGACAUUUUGAAGCUGUCUGGAGGUGGAGACUGGCACUGCGCCUAUGUACUAUUGUACGGGCCCAAGAGGCUGAACUUGGAUGACUUGAAGGUGGAAAAUAUGGUCGUCGACCAGUGAUUGAUCGAUUAAAUUUUUAUUUAUUUUGUAAUUUGCUCUGGAUUUAUUUCUAAUAUAUUCAAUAUAAAAUAAAAUGGUCUUAUUAAUUAUCAAA